AUGAAACGCAAGCUGGACGAUCUCUUCUUGCAAACCAUGUCGAAUGCUAUCACGUUUGAGAGGAUCUACGAUACACUGGUAUCUCACUACGAGCUGGCGUGUCUGAUCUAUGAAGACUUCAAGAAGGUCGCUAAAGGUGAAUGCGAGCCCUUUUACAACACUGCUCUGGCCGGGAAGAUCGACGAUGAGGUGGCGCAUAGGUUGGAAGCAAAGAUCCUCAAGACUGCAUUGCAGCUCACUGCGCAUUUGCGUAUGACCAAUUUUUUCAAGGUUGGUACAGCGGCAGCAAUAGCCAUGAGAUUUGAUGGCACGUUGCUUGUAGAUCGUCCGCGGUCUCUUUUCCCGGUGGUCCCUCACGGUAUCUACAUGGUUACUGGCCGUGGUUUCUAUGGGUUUCACAUCAGAUUCCGCGACAUUGCUCGAGGUGGUAUCCGUAUGAUACGCUCGGCUAGUAGGCAGGUGUACAGCAGGAACGCCUCCUCUCUGUUGGAAGAGAACUACAAUUUGGCUCUCACCCAACAUCUCAAGAACAAGGACAUUCCUGAGGGGGGGUCCAAGGGUACCAUACUUCUCGACCUCGAUGACCAGAAUCUCGGUACGAACGGUCGUGACUCCUUCAACAAGUAUAUCGAUGCCCUAUUGGACUGCAUGAUGCCUCAACAGACUGGUAUCUACUCACACUUGCCGACUCCCGAGAUUCUGUUCUUCGGUCCCGACGAGAAUACUGCCGGGUUUAUGGACAUGGGUGCUUACCGAGCUAAGGCCAGAGGCUAUCCUUAUUGGAAAGCUCUCACUACCGGCAAAUCGACGAAGCUUGGUGGAGUCCCUCAUGAUCGAUAUGGUAUGACAACCAACAGCGUUCACCAGUAUGUUGUGGAGCUACUUCAACUGCUCGGGGUCGACGAGACCCAAAUUACUAAGGUUCAAACUGGUGGACCAGAUGGAGAUUUGGGGUCCAAUGAGAUUCUCAUUGCUAAGGACAAGACUGUUGCUGUGGUGGAUGGUUCCGGCGUUGCCUACGAUCCCAACGGCCUGGAUCGCGAAGAGUUAGUCCGCUUAGCGCACUUGCGCAUACCGAUCGGUAACUUUAACAAGGACAAGCUGUCUGAUGAUAAGAAGGCUUUCUUGUAUAACAUAACCGAUAAGAACAUCGAUCUGCCCAACGGCGAGCACUUCAAAACUGGAGUUGAGCUGCGCAAUGUUUUCCCCCUGCUCGAAUAUUGCGCUGGAGACCUCUUCGUACCGUGCGGUGGCCGACCGGCUACCGUGAACAUGAGUAAUAUUCAUACCAUGUUCAACUACCAAAAGGAGCCCAAGUUCAAGUAUAUCGUCGAGGGUGCCAAUUUAUUCUUCACGGAUGAUGCACGUCGUGUGUUGGAGGAAGCUGGAGUGCACUUAUUCAAGGACGCCUCGACUAACAAGGGUGGGGUGACCUCGAGCAGCUUGGAGGUCUUCGCUGCGCUAUGUAUGGAUCCUAAGGAGCAUGAUCAGCUGCUGACCAUCCCCGACUCUACUCUGCCACCACCCGAAUUCUAUCAGCAGUAUGUGAGCGAGAUCUUGGCUGUCAUUCAGCACAAUGCUUCGAUGGAGUUUAGCGCUAUCUGGAAAGCAAAUCACGAGACUCUGGCUGCGGAUGGCGAUGGAUAUGUUUUGAAGAUAGAUGCCACUCAGCUACUCUCUAAGAAGAUCAACAGUUUGAAGGAGUACACGAUGAAGGUCUUCAGUGAGAAGAAUCCCGAAAACGACUGGUUGGUUCGUGCUGUUCUCCGCCGCGCCAUCCCCCGCUUGUUGUUGGUCCACUGUGGAAUCGAUAAGAUAUUGGGGAGGGUCCCUGAGGCCUAUAUUCUCGCCGUCUGUGCUACUUGGAUAGCGAAUACGUUCGUCUACAAGUAUGGCUUGGAGGCCAGUGAGUUUGCCUUCUAUCAGUUCAUGCACAACCUCGAGGAAAAUGCGCAGGGAGAAACGACACCUACUACUAUGGCGUCGAGGAAGAGUGUUCCCUCAACGGGGCUCUUGUGA